AUGUCUGAAAAACUGAGAGGCUGUUUAUCCCCAAAGUGUGACUCUGCUGCAACCAUGGCGAGCUGCUGGACUUCCGGAGGUUUACGCAGCGGUGACUGGUGCUCCGCUGCUCUGCUGGCCGCUGCGCUGCUCAGCCUUCUGUUUGCUGGGAUGCAUCCAGCCACCGCGUUUCCCUCCUGGAGGUUAGAGGAAGAAGCUCACACCACCAUAUUGCUCAUCGGGAUCCGCAAAGAGGCGCGCUCACAAGUCCUCAACCUGUCCAGGAACAAGCGCUACACCCUGACCCCAGAGCAGCUCAAAUGGGACAAGUUCAAGCUAACAUACAAGUUGCUGUCUUUUCCUACAAACCUGAUAAAUGCCAGCGACACGCGUCAAGGCAUUGCCAGGGCUUUUGGCCUGUGGAGCGACGUCUCGCCGUUCUCAUUCAGAGAGGUGCCAGCGGACGAGGAGGCAGACAUUAAGAUCGGCUUCUACCCGGUCAACCACACGGACUGCUGGCAGUCCUACCUGCACCACUGUUUUGACGGCAUCACAGGUGAACUUGCUCACGCCUUCUUCCCGCCAACGGGUGAGAUCCACUUCGAUGACAGCGAAUACUGGAUUUUGGGAGAUAUGCGCUUCAGCUGGAAGAAAGGAGUUUGGCUGACGGAUCUUGUCCACGUGGCAACUCAUGAAAUCGGCCACGUCCUCGGACUCAUGCACACUAUGGACCCGAAAGCUAUAAUGCACUUGAACGCUACUCUGACAGGACGCAAGCGGAUCACCCAGGACGAAAUCUGGGGUCUGCACCGUCUCUAUGGAUGUUUGGACCGGUUAUUUAUCUGUCCUGCCUGGGCUCGGAAAGGCUAUUGCGACAGCAGGCGCAGGCUGAUGCAGAGACACUGCCCCUCCAGCUGUGAUUUCUGUUACGAGUUCCCAUUCCCCACUGCAGCCCCCACACCCACUCCACCCAGAACAAAACACAAGCUGGUCAUCGAGGGCAAGAAACUAACUUUUCGCUGUGGGAAGAAAAUCGCAUCAAAGAAAGGCAAAGUAUACUGGUAUAAAGACGGGGAGCUGCUGGUGCACUCUCACCCUAACUACAUCUCCCUGAAAAAUGACCACAUCACCAUUGUGGCCAACGCCAUCAAUGAAGGCACGUACACUUGCAUCGUGAAGAAAAAGGACAAAGUUCUUACGAACUACUCAUGGAGGGUACGCGUGCGCUUCUGAUGCUCUCCUAAGCUGCACAGCGAACAGGACUCUAGGGCACAUAUUUCGGAUUAAAAAUAAACAUUGUAUCAUUCA